AAUGAAUUAAGAGGUAAACAUUCCUUGUGGAAGAUAUGAAUUUAAUCAGGAGACAAGAAAAGUAGUAAUGUAAAAAGAUAAAGGUUUGUUAAAUUUAAUAUUGAAUGAUGAAAAUGAAUUAUGGCUCAAAUGGUAUAAUUUGGAUCAAAAUAGAAGAUUAGAUUUUGUAUAUAAAUAAACAAUACUUAGGAAAGAGUGAUUUUUAAAGGAACAACAAUUUUUGAGAAAGUUAAAGGAUAACAUAGAGUUUAUUUACUUAAGAUUACAGAUGAAGAUUCAAAGUAUUUUUUUUGGAUGCAAGUAAUAUAAUAUAUAAUUUAAAUAAAGAAUGAAGAUGUUAAUUAAGAUUAAAUGUAUAUAGAUUAGUUCAAAGUGAUUGUUGAUUCAUAAAUAAUUGAUAAUCUAAUAGAAUUUGAGGCAUAAAUUCCAUUAAAUUAAUAGUAGCCAGAAUUUGUUGCUAAUUAAAAUAGAUAAUUUGAAAACUAAUAACGAUAACCUUUAAUAAAUAUUAAUUAAUUAUAGUUAUUAGAACUAUUUCAGUAGCAAUUAUAUAGACAUACUAAAUAAGACCUAUCAUUAAGCGAUAUAUUAUCUAGUGAAUUCCUGUUUUCUGUGAUAUAAGACUAGGAUUAUUUUGAAGCUUUGAAAGAGUAUUAAAGAAUGUUAGCUUAGAUAUUUACCGAUUGAUCAAUAAAAUAUACAAUAUUUUAAAGAUAAUCUCAUAAGUCCAUAAUUCUAAUAAGCUUUGGAUCAACUAUGCCUAGCUUUAAAAGGAAGAGAACGAAGCUCUGUCUUACAAUAAUUAGAAUUAGAUAAUUCCAUUUUAGAGAAGGAAUAUGAUGGUGUCAUAGCUUUUAUUUAAGCAAUAAUUAAACUAAUAAAAGAAGAAAAUAAAAAUAUUUGA